AAGAAAAAACAGUCUGGCCGGCUUAAAACGGGAGCGUUUUUGCACGCAGAGGUGCGAGCGCCGCGUUUGAUUCCCAGGGGAAACCCAAGAGAAAUAGAAAAGCAGCAGUGGGAGAAAAUGGCGUUGAUUUCACAGAGAUGGGGUUAUGUUCGGAUCAUUACCGGCACGAUAGUCGGCGGUAUUCUCGGCUUCUAUGUGAUGUACCGUGUCGAAAUCAGUUACAAGGAGAAGAUGAAAGAGAGACUGCGACAAUAUGAACAGGAGCUGGAAAAGAAAGAAAAAUUGAAAGAGCAUGAGGAGUCUCUAUAGUUUUAAGCCUUUUCAGGAUGAUUUCCUUACACCAAAAAUGGCUGAUGUACCUUCUUCCGGUUAGAAACAAACUAGAAAAAGUCUCCGGCAGUAAUUAGGUAAGGUUCCAGCUGGGAAUACGCUCUUGUGCAUCAUUUAGGAGAAAAGAAAGGCUGGAAAUGUGGUUAUUCGACUUGGACUUUCUUUGAACUGUGGGUUUGCUUAAAUAUUCUCAACCUUGAGAUGUUGAGGAUGAGAACUAGAGAAAGCUCAUUAGUAAGUCUGGAUCUAUAAUGUACUAACCAAUUUUUUUCCAUUUCACUUGUUGAAGUGCCAUGGCACAUGAUACUCAUAUAUUGGUUGCUAGUAAUAGGAAAGACCACGCUAAUUGCCGAAUUUGAAACUUAGGUUUAGUAA